AUGUCAGAUGCAUCGACCUCAUCUUCGUCAAUGUUGACAUAUUGCGACGGGUGCAAAAGUUGGGAGGAAUGUGAAUCUGACUGCUUGGAGCGGAAAAUUCCAGUUCCCGAUCCCGACACCUCCAUUUGCGAAUACAUGGACUGUAUAGCUACAAAGGAAGGCUUUGUUUACGCUAAAGCCCCAAGACCGUGCAAAUCCUGUCAUGAGUAUGCGCAGGGAUUCGUGAGAAAGAUUUGUGAACUGGCGGAUGAUGGGCUGUUCAAACAACGGCUGGUUCUAGCAGAAAUCAGACAAAAACGAAAAGAAUUUGAAAUCAAUGAACAGGAACAGGCCAACAACAGGGCACUAAUCGAGGAGUUAAAACAGCAAAUUGAGCAACAGAAGAAAGAAAUCGAUGAUUUGAAGCGGGCCCAUGAUAAGGAAAAGAAGACAGUUACUAUGCUCUACGAGAAUCUAGACAAAGUCGAGGAAGAUAAACUUAAAUGGGUGGAGAAGCUUCAUUUUGCAAAAAAUGAGAUAUCGAGCCAAAAAUCAGAAUGCUCAGCUCUCGAGCACACAAUGACUGUAAAAGAUGCGGAAAUUUCUAGAUUGGUCAAUCAAUUGCAAGAGCUGAGCAAAAAAUGCGUCUUCUUGGAGAGUCGAAUUGACCGCCAGUCGCAAGACACAGUCACUGGCUUGGAAAUAAUCCGUGACCAUCUCCAAAACGACCUGGCUUUACAAAAGGAAAAACUCGAGAACAUGUUGGAGAAAAGCCGCUCGGAGCAAGAAGAGAUGCUCCGUCUUACCGAGGAGCUGAAAAAUCAAAAGCAAAAAUAUGAGCAGAAAUUGGAGAGCCGCUCGGACCACAAAGAGAAGCUUCGUCAACUUGCCGCGGAUCUAGAAACUCAAAAAAACCGUUCCGAUGACCUCUACCAAGAACUAAAUGAUUUCAAGACGAGUUAUGAUGAGAUCUGGGAAGAGAACAAAGCUUUGAAGAAAGAGCAGCUUAAGCAGUUAUCCGAGGAUGAUGAAAGCCGCAAGGAGCAAACAGAAAAGAUCCGUCAGCUUUCCAUGGAGUUGGAAAACCAAAAGAACGUCUACGAAACUAAACUGGAUGACCUUGCCAAGAACUUCAAAAAGACGAAAAGCCUUUCGGAUGACCUCACCCAGCAGCUCAAUAAUUUUAAGACGAGUUAUGAAGAGAAGUGUGAAGAAAAUAAAGUUUUGAAGAAAGAGCAGACAAAAUUGAAGAAGAUGAACGAGCAGUUGUCUGAAGAGGCGUCCCAGACUUUUAUAACCGUACAAGACCUAUCACAUCAACUCGAAGAACAGCAGCAGAAAAUUGAAGUGUUGCGAGGCGAUAUGACUGAGAAGAAAGAGGAAUUGGAUCAAUUGAGAGGAGCACGUGAGAACAGCUUGGAAGAUCGUUUUACCAUACUUCCAUACCAUAGAAGAAAGUCAAUGCCAGUAUCUUUUGGCAUUGAAGGUGGGGCACCAAUGGUAGGCGGAGGGCCGUCAGGAUUUGGCGGACAACCGAGAAGCGGCGGUGCAUCAAGAGGUGGAAGUCUAUCAAGAGGCGGCGGACCAAUGCGAAUUGGAGCUCCAACAGGAUUUGGAGGACAAGUGGGUGUUGGCGGACCACAUCAUAUCGCCCCACCAGUCAGACCUAGUGGUAACCCCGGACCACAUCAGUUCCAAAACAAACGAUUCUUCAAAAAACGUGGACACAAGAAAUCUUUUCCUUAUUAA